UUAGACGUGGUAGACUCUGGAUCCAAAGGCUCGCCGACUCGAGGCCCGGAUCAUGCCUCGGAACUCGACUGGCCCAGCGGGUGGGUCAGCGGGUGGUUCAUCACGAAGAGGAGGGGCGGGAACAUCGAGGAACUCCGGUCCCGUCUCCAGAUCCCGCUCUUGGCCAUGCUGCUGCUGCGCCUGCUGCUGGUGUUGCUGCUGCUGCCGGUUGGGCCGGACAUGUUUCACAAUGAUGGGAUACACAAUCUCGCGGACGUAUCGACGACGAAGCGGAUGCUCUUUCCAGAUGCUGUCCCAUAUCAAGAGGUGGCCAUCAUGUUGGCGUAUUUCGGGGUCUUGAUCGGCGGAUGUUAUGUAAGAUGCUUGUACAGGCAGGCUUCUGUGACCCUUCUGUGCCGUUGUUGGGUGACUGUAGGGUAUUGUUGGUAUCGUCCUGCUGUUUGCUUGCUUCUUCGAGAUUUGUUUCAGGCUCUGCACUUUGACAUCGUUCAUGUUGUCGAGUUGUGAUUAGCCAGGGCGGAAGCGGUGGAAGAUGGACUGGAUGUCGAUGAAGUUGAAUAUGUGCUUGAAGGUGACUCUGGAGAGUGAAGAAGAAACUGUACUAGCCAAAGGACUGAGUAGGUCAAAGAUAAAAGCGAAGGGCUUGUGUGCAGAAGGGAUCCAGGAAAGACUUGAAG